AGAUUACUGACGUUGAAUGACACCACGAAGAAGUGGGAAGACGUUUCGGGCGAAGUAAUAGUUUCAAGUGAACUUUUGACUGCAUGGUGCAAAAUAAUACGAGACGGUGUGCACAAGUAACUAAUUAUUAGUUACAAGUCCGCUGUGCAGCCUCUGACUUACCGGCACUUUGACACCAGCUGAGUCGGGCGUCAAGGAGCCGAAGGGGAAGAUUGAAGAAGACCUACUCCGCUCUAGAUUCGCCUCUGUACAUAUCAGCAGUGUCUGGUUGUGAGAACAGCCGUCGAAUCCCAUGCUACAUGUAGUACUAGUAAGAACGUCACAGGACACAGGUGAAUGAUUGACCUUUAGGUUAGACGAUAAUCUUCAAUGGUAGCACAAGCGUUACCAAUUGGAUCUGGUAGUUCCUCUUGUUGCGAACUGCUUGCUGCACCUACCAAGCUGGCCAAGGCAUCCUUCACCAAGCCGUGUGCCCCUUAGUACUACUAGCACUAUUCCCUGGCUAUAGGAGCUCGUUGGCAGUGAACAUCACCGCUACUAUCGGUUGAUCGACUAGUACGAAUAGGGAGUUCACAGUGUGUGUUCGUGUGCUGAUCCUCAUUGCAAACUUCAGGUGAUAAUUGCCACUCGUUGGAAUUUAGCAGCAGCUGUGUCUAUUUGAGUCCGUGUCCCAUUACGCACCAAGCUCACCGAACUGGUCAGCCUACGUGUCACAGCUAGCUGGGACCCUCAACACCGAGACCACACGUGUGCACACGUACACACACGUACACACACACACACACACAAUGGCAGCCAUUCCUGCUGAGACAGCGGACGCCAGCCUGCCAGACUCCUACACCGAGAAUACUGAUAAGGAAGAGCUGACCUUGAUCCGGGCACGCAACUUCAGACGGCAGUUUGCAGCACAGUACGAAGACCGCAAGCCUUUGCUUCUAAUUGCAAAGAAUGAAUGUGACGUUGAGAAACACAUCUGUACAUUCCUGCGUCCGUCCCGCCUGCCGUUCAAUGAACUGUACUACUUUGACGGAUGCGCAGAGUUUAUCGCUGACUAUGUCACCUAUGAGGCGUUGAGCGAGUGCAACGCGUUUCCACGGCAACUGAAGGCGCCCAUGACUACGCUGCGCACGCAGGCGGGCAACUGCUUUGAGAUGGCGUUCACACUCUGCUCCCUACUGACCGGCGUGGGCUAUGAUGCAUAUUGCGUGAUCGGUUAUGCCACCAAGGGCAUCACCACUCUGGACGAGUCCACCGAAGUGUGCCCGGUGCUGCGAGAUGGAAAGGAGGUUGAUGUUCUUGAUGACUUUGAGGAAGAGAGUGCACGGAAUCCGUACCGAAUCCGGGCUCCAAAGGACUUGCGCAGUCAAUUCCUUGAGAUGAUGGAGAAACGUGAAGAAGACGCAAAAGAAGCUGAGUUGGAAAAGAUCCGACAAGAAGAGGAAGCUCGCCAGGCUGAGGCCAACAAAGAGAAGCCCGAUCCUUACCAUGGCCUGCGUGUCCACGCCUGGGUAUUGGUUUUGCACGGCAAGCGCGAAGUGGCUAGCAGCUUCUACCUCGAACCGAGUACGGGCGAGCGGGUUGACCUCAAGACGGACAAGUACCUGGGAAUCGAGGCCAUCUUCAACCACGGCAACUACUGGAUCAACAUGCAGGACUGCGGCUCUGGGGUUGAGGAGAUGGUGUUUGACUUGAAGGACAUCACCCUGUGGGAGACCAUGUUCAGUUUAGACUCGGAUGCGGGAAUGUCAGUGAAGAUGCCGGCAGCAGGCGAGAAUGCAGACCUGGAGCAAGAGGAUGAUGAGGAUCAGGAGGAGAAGGAAGAUGCUCGGUUGGCAGGUUUGAUAGAGGUUCCCCAUUCCUGGACUGAACCGAUCAAGAUCAACUCUCUUGAUUUUGACUCGCGAUGUCCAAGAGGUCACAAGACCACGUUGUACAAGCAGGCAAAGCUGGAGAAGCAUGGGCAAUAUGUGAACAAGCAAGGCCUCAUGACACGCCUCAUCAAGUAUGAGGACACAUUGUGGAAGAAUGAAAGUGAGGUGCAUGAAUGGUACCGCCAUCGCUCGGACUUCCUGAAGGAGCGCACCGUCGACAAAGCCACCAAGGAGAUCCAUGAUGUAUUCAAUCGGGGACACAGCAGAUCCCUCAAAGAUCACUUUCACAGGGUGGGAGCGGUUGGACCAGAGGCCACAAGAAUUAUGACCUACUUUCUAUCGGGAAGGAAGGAUGACCUGGCUAAACGAGAGCAGACGCCGACCAUGAUGGUGGAGCACUUCGAGGGACGCGACGACUUCCUGUACAGACGCGAGGUGGACUUUGGUGUCCGUCAGAAGAAGUUUGGCCCGGCCUCGGAGGGCAAGUACAGGCCUAUCUUGAGGAUUGAAGAGUUUUUCAACCGCGACACCAGCAAGCCGGCUGACUUGGACGUUGAGCGACGCAGAUUCUACAUGACAAGCGGACGCAUUCUGCUGAAGUUCCAUCGAAAAGGCAAUGACAUCACCAGGAAUGAGUUGUCAUUCAGCAAGCCAAAGAACGACCUGUCCACGUUUGCCUUGACCAUGGAUAUGGUGGAAAUGUACACGGUUGACUCAAACGAUGAAUCCAACUUCAGCCGAUUGGACUUGCACAGGCUGUACACGAGUAUGGUGGAAACCAGAGACAAGCUGCUCAAGGUGGUGCGCGAGACCGAAGAUGAGGUUGCUGCCACGCUCAAAGAACGAGAAGAGGAAGAGCGUAAGCUUGAGCUCAACAUCUCGAUGUACGACUCAUCUCGGAACCACGACGCCAAGAAGAAGCGUGAAGAGUUGGAGAAACAACACCUGGAAGCCAUCCGCAUUCGCAAGGAGAAGGAGAAGGACUACCUGUCACCUUUCCUGGUGCGCCUAGGUGAUCCAGCUCACUUGACUAGUGAGCAAGCGGCUGAAGUGCGCCAGGGGUGCUUGGACUCACUGCAGAAGCGCAUGCAGCACCAGGCCACGCUGAUGCAUGCUAAGUUCAAAGCGGAUACAAAGGAGUUGAUGAGGGUGCAGAGGGCAUUCCAGGCGGAGGAACGGGCUGGCUUCCGUUCGUCAGAGGCUGACCAGGCCUACAAGGAGCAGUGCGAUGCACUCAACUACCGCAUCAACCUUACACAGCGACGCAUAGCUCGGCACAAGGAAGAGUCUGUGAAGCGUUUCAUGAAGCUGGAGGCUCGACUUCACAAGGAUCCAAGACUGGCGGCCUACCGAGGACCCGCCACCAGCCAUCAUGACGUAUUCUAAAUAGAAGCCAUUCUAGAAGGAAGAGGAAGCCAGACUCGCAGGUCUCGUUCAACCUGGACUUGAGAUGAGAUGUUGUAGGACAGUCGAACAAAUUCUUUCCUUGCAAUUGCAUUUAGGUUUCGGUGGCCGCGCGGAAUGUCUGGAUGUUCUGAACCGAGUACUACUGCCGAGAGGAAGGCCGGGCUCCAAUGAAUAGUGUCGUGUUCUGCAAACAAAUACGGUACGUCAAGAGCAGCUCGCCGAUGCUUGCCGCUCAGGGACGCACCAUUCCGAUCACACGUUUGCUGAUGCUCACCAACCAAUACAGCCCCACUCACCAAUACGGCCCGGGCAUGCGUCAAUGUGCAAAGCUGAAUGUAGCAGUAGUCAGUAGAUUCGACAGCGGUUGAUGUCUAAAUACAUGUACACGUAUUUCUCCUUCACCCCGUGGCUCAGGACAUGUUGACAGGUGGUACUUCUCACUUCAACUUUACAAUAAGAAAGGCUAUCAAAUCAUUCCUAAUAAAGGUAUUCAAUCUGGAUUCUAGAUCAUCCCAGCCCAUACUGCCGGUGGUCAAACGGAUAUACGGCCGUCCUGCUGGAACUAGUAAAGUCCAUUUCCCUUCUUUGCACGUUUUAGCGGUGGCUUUUUGCUGGUGACCACUACGCUCACCCGCAGCGAGUUUGGCAUGGCCCGGUAUUGUUGCACACUUGCAACGUCUUCGCCUCAGAUCCUAGUACGCAGUGAAGUCUAAGCAAACUGCUAAAUGGCUCCCGACCUUCCUUGACCAGCAUAUAUGGCAAAUAAUUCGACACAUGUAGUGAGCAAACCUUACGAAGUUAGCAGCCAUGAUUGGGGCUUUGUACCCUGGCUGAAAAGCCUGCCCCACUCUGUUGUUCGUUGUCUACCCACAAUAACUACGAGUGUGUAUCUGCAUGUACCCUUGACUUCAAAGGAACACGCAUGUGCACCCCUAGCCUAGGCCCUGUGUGUGUGUGCUGGUAUACAAUGUAAUACGUAUGUCUCUGUCAAAUUUCAACAGUAUAAUUUUUACUUGAAGUAAUUUUUUCUACAAAAGUGGUUUAUUUCGCGUUGAAGAAAAUAAAACUUUUGCAAUGUCA